ACCAAAGCAAAUCUGUAUAUAUGUACAGCUAGAGCCUCCAACCAACAAGAUCGACAAACCGUCAUAUGCACAGAGUCCCACCUCCUAAGGACUCCUCGACAAUGGCGAUUUCACUUGCGCUCAACCUCUUCACCCGCCGCCUCACCCUCGCCGCCUUCCCCUGGCCCUUCUCUGCCACAGUCGUGCAGCUCUCCUCCAAUGGGAUCAGCAUCGCUCUACUCCACGCCGGCCUCACGCUGCUGGCCGCCGCGCUCCUCCUAUACUACUACUACUACAUCACAUCGACCAGGGCUCGCACAGUGUACCUCGUGGACUACGCGUGCUUCCUCCCGCCCGCGUCCCUCCGCGUGCCGCUCGCCAAGUACGCCGAGCACGCCGGGCUCGCGCCGUGCUUCGACGACAGGAGCGUGGGGUUCCAGUCCCGCCUCAUCGAGCGCUCGGGCCUCGGCGAAGAGACGUGCCUCCCGCAGGCCAGCCACGGCAUCCCUCCCGAGAAGACGCUCGACGCCGCGCGCGCCGAGGCCGAGCAAGGGAUAUUCUCCGCCGUGGACGCCGUCCUCGCCAAGACCGUCGUCCGCGCCGAGGACAUCGCGCUCGUGGUGGUGAACUGCACGCUGUUCGCUCCCGCGCCGUGCAUGGCCGACAUGGUGGUGCGCAGGUACGCGCUCCGGAGCGACGUCCGGUGCUUCAACCUCUCUGGCAUGGGGUGCAGCGCUGGGAUCGCUGCUGUCGGGCUCGCGCAGAACGUCCUGAUGCACUGCAGUGGGUCAGGAGGCGGCAGUGGCAGGUACGCGCUGGUGGUGUCCACGGAGAUCCUCACGUACGACUACUACUCUGGAAACGAGCGCGCGAUGCUGCUGCAGAACUGCCUCUUCCGUAUGGGCGCGUCCGCGGUGCUGCUGUCCAACUCAAGGAGAUCAUCCCCAGCACGGUACCGGCUGGAGCGGGUGGUGCGCACGCACGAGGGACACGACGACGGCGCCUACGGGUGCGUGCAGCAGGAGGACGACGCGGCGGGGGAGCGCGGCAUCAAGCUGUCCAAGGAGGUCAUGCCCGUGGCCGGCCGCGCGCUGAGAGCGCACAUGACCACGCUCGGGCCCCUGGUGCUCCCGGCGUCGGAGCUCCUCGCGUACGUGCUCUCGCUCGCAAGGCGCAGGCUGUUGCUAUUGAUCUUCGCGGGACAGCUGAAAGAUCGCAAGCCAGCGCCGCCGGGUCGUGUCGACGUCCCGGACUUCCGCAGGGCGUUCGAGCAUUUCUGCAUCCACGCAGGCGGCCGCGCGGUGAUCGACGAGCUGCAGCGCGGGCUCGGGCUGUCGGACAGGCAAGUGGAGCCGUCGCGGAUGGCGCUGCACCGGUUUGGCAACACGUCCAGCAGCUCCGUGUGGUACGAGCUGGCCUACCUUGAGGCCAAGCGCCGCGUGCGCAGGGGCGACCGGGUGUGGACGGUCGGGUUCGGGUCGGGGUUCAAGUGCAACAGCGCGGUGUGGGUGUGCCUCCGCCCGCCGGCUCCGCUGGACAGCGGGCCGUGGGACGCGUGCAUCCAUCGUUACCCGGUGGCCACGGUCCAAUAAGCCAGAUCAGCUGUCGACUGUGGUGCUGUUGUGGUAUUGUUUCUCUUCUUUUAUGUGGUUCCCUGUUCCGUAAAAGACGAGUAGUAGAUGGCUGGUUAUUUUCGUUUCAUUUUCUAUAUGCAUGCUAUGAUUUAUGCUGGAAUUUAGAUGAGUAAUUUAAAUUGAAUAAACUAGCCGGUUUGUGACUUGCGUGCAGGGUAAUUGGCACUUUUUUUUGUGGGUAAGGGUUAUUGGCACUGCGGUUAAAAAAAAAGGUUACUGGCACUGAAACCGGUGUCAUUACCAAUUGGUUUUAGCGCCAAGCGGUCGCUCUUAAAAUUAUGGCGUCUCAUCCUCUCUGUAAACAAACAUUCUUGACCCAGUAAAUCAUCAUCCUCUCUGUAAACAAACAUUUUUAGCCCGGCAAAUCAUUGUGACAUUGUCUUUUUAUACAGGUUGUAUCCAUUUAGAAACAUUUGCCGCGCAACCUUUUGUUACAAUAAAAAGAAUCGUUGUAUCCAUUUUGUAAUAAUAGGUGCCUGCCGUCACAAAUUGCAGCCACUUGGUGAGCUUCAAGGCACUUUGCCUUUUACUGUUAUGCGAUCAAGUUAUGUGUCCUAAUUCCAUCGAAUUCAUCCACUCUCAGCAAAUUUCGCAGUUUGACUAGCCUGGUGCUAUCAUGUAACGGACGUCGGGGGUUCCACUGCUACAAAACACAACAUAAGUGACGGGUCAUCAGUGGCGGACUUUACUCGCCUGCCACUGAUGACCAUCAUCAGUACCAGACAUAUCAUGCCCGUCACUGCUGAACCCUCAUCAGUGACGGGCACAAAAAAUCCGUCACUGAUGACUCCUCAUCAGUGGCGGGCGGGUAACCCGCCACUGAUGAACCAUGAUCAGUGACGGGCACGGAAAACCCGCCACUAAUGGACACAUGUGAAAAAUUGCAAAAUUUACAAAAACACACAUCAGUGGCGGGCUUUGCAUCUAGGCCCGCCACUGAUGAACCAGGAGACCUUCGGAGAUUGAAAAAAUCAUAACUAAUUCAUAAAAAAUCAGUAAAUUGUGAUUCUUUUAUCUGACGUCUUAUUUUUUCUUGCUGACAUAACGGAACAAUAAUAUCAUAUGGUAACAUUUGAAAAAUGACCUAUGUAAUACAAUAUUGUUAUUUCUCAUAAUUGAACUUUAGGUUCUUAUGCCAAAUAACCAAAGUUUUGUGCAUUUCUACGUCAUAGUUCAUGAUAAUGUAUCCACUUUUUGCAGAAAUAUGCUUCUUGUCAUGACAAACAAUAUUGCCAAAAAGAUUUACAAUUUUUUGGUUAUAAUAUAUUUUUUCUAUUUUUUAAAUGCACAAGUGGGGCACUAGUGGCGGACGUAACCAUGUCACCCGUUACUGAUGGUUUGCUAGUCGCUGGAAUCUGAAAAGGUCAUUGAUUUGUGUGCUCUCACCCUAUCGGUGGAAACGCAAUAGGACGGAUCGAUGACCUGUGCAACGGAAGCACCAUCCCAAUCCCAAAUUCGCAAUCUUCUCUCUCUUUCCUUAUCCUCCAGGACCACACCCUCCUGACCUCCUCUUUUCUCUCCUUAUCUCCUUUCAUCCCAAUCCUGGCCACGAUCUCUCCUUCUCCUCCUUUCCUAUCUCUCCCACGAUCUCCACCUCCUCUCACUCACGAUCCGCAUGGACUCGCACGGAUCAAACAACCAAGGAGCCGCUGCACCUCCCUCCUCCAACGCCGGACCGCGCCGCCAAGGAGCUGCCGCCGUGCCGCCAUGGACUGCCGGCGCCGCCAUGGAGUCCACACGCCAUGCACCCGCCGGGCGAGAUGGUGCCGCCAUGGAGCGCGUAGAGCUCGUCCUCGAGGAAGGCCAUGGCGCGGUGGAACACUCCGGUGAUGCGGUGAACGCCGAUGGUGUAGCCCUCUUCGGCCCCGCCUCUCUCACUCUGUCUUGGUUCUCGGGCUCCGUCCAUGGAGGCGACAUCAGAGGCGAAUCGAUGAAUGGGAGGGCCGGGCCGGGAGGGCCAGUUCUAUUUUUUUUUCAAAAAACUAUAUCACUGUCGGUCGUCUUUGGUGCCCGCCAAUGAUGGGUCUCCAAUCAAGGUAACACUAUCGUGAUCAUCUCACAGCCAUUUCGAGGGUCACCUGUUGCUCAUACAUUUUGUUACUAUUGAAUCUGAAACUAACCAAAAAGGUGGUUUUCCCGUUGUUAGGACACGUAGGUGAUGAGGGGGCGGAUCAAACAGAGACAGGGGCUUGUUAUUUUUUUUAAUCAGUAAAAUAUCUCUUUGUUCAUUAGCAAUCAAAGUUACAUCUUUAAGGAGGAUCCAGAUGUACAAUAUUAUCAAGGGGUUUUCUAACCAAA